AUGGACGGCCCAACUUUGCAAAGCAGCAAUGCGGAAGUAUCUCCAUCGAUUGCGCAACAAAGCGCUGGUACAAAACUCCAGUCAGAAAGGAAAAUUAAGCCCAGACCACCAGUGGGAGGUAUAGAGGCACUAGAACUUCAGAUUGAUGAGCCCAAACAGAAGAAAUCGCUAGCCUUUAAGCUCGCAUUUAUGGGGCUCGCUGCCACACUCUUUGUGUUUCAGAUGGAUGCGACAGCACUUGGCAUUGCUCUUCCAUCCAUAGCGAACGACCUUGGAGGCUCGAGUCUGGAGUCUUUCUGGGCCAAUUUAUCCUACACUCUAUGUGGCCUGGUGAUGCAACCUGUCUGGGCGAGCAUAUCGGACGCAUUCGGUCGCAAGCCGCCACUCUACGUAUGCAUUGCUCUUUUCUUCAUUGGCUCAAUCGUCUUCGCAGUGGCGCAGAAUAUGAAAACAGUCAUCGUGGGCCGGGUGCUCCAGGGCUUUGGCGGUGGGGGCAUUGAUGUACUCGUCCAAGUGAUUCUGGCCGAUAUGACAACGCUGGAAGAGCGCUCAACUUACCUGGGCUUGAUGGGCAUCCCGAACGCAGUUGGUAACAUUCUAGGGCCGUCGGUUGGUGCACUGUUUGCAUCCUAUGCCAGCUGGCGGUGGAUUGGAUGGGUGAAUCUCCCGAUUCUUGGAGUGGGUACGCCUUUGUUGGUCUUCUUCCUCAAACUCCGAUCAGUCACUCACGACGCUUCGCUGGCUCGCAAUAUCGAACGCCUCGACUGGAUCGGUAUGGGCUUGGUUGUCUCCGGCAUCACGGUAUUUGUGCUGCCGCUCAGUUGGGCUGGGUCGCUGUUCCCCUGGGCGUCUUGGCAAACCCUGGUAUCUAUGCUGCUAGGAGUCGCGGUGAUUGUGACCUUUGUCUUUUAUGAGGCCAAGCCAGCGGCACCAAUCAUGCCUCAUCGGCUUUUUCAUUCGAUAACCGCCAACAUGACGUUACUGGGUGGUUUCAUUCACGGGGCCGUUCUUGUUUCCCUGCUGCAGUACCUUCCGUUGAUUUACCAAGCGGUUUACCUGGAAACUGCAAUCAAAUCGGCUGUCCUACUUUUACCUACUUCCAUUGUCAGUGUAGUAAUCGCAGUGUUUUCUAUGAUGAUGGUGCCAUUAUUUGGCGGCUAUACUUGGCUACUGAGGCUGUCAUGGGUGUUGUUAACGUUGGGAACCGGCAUCAUGGCUCUUUUUAGCGUGGACUCGUCAUCUUCAGCGCUAUUUGGACUUCCGGUGAUAUGGGGAGUAGGUGUUGCUCUUCUACGCCUCAAUCUGCUACCUAUGCAGGCCAGUGUCAAGGACGUUGACGACACCGGCGUUGCUAUCGGUCAAUAUUUCACCAUUCGUAUGUUUGGGGGCCUAUUUGGAUUGACCAUUGCAUCUGCAAUCUUUAACACCGCCUUUUCGAGUAGUAUCGUGUCUACCUCAGUACAGCUAGAAGGACCACUGGCCCCUUUGAAGGACACUUCGAAUGCGAUCGCUUUCAUCAAGGAGCUUAGGCCGCUGGCGAAGGAGGUUUCUAGAAAUACCCUCGUUAAAGUUCUAGUCGCAUACCUCACCAGUUUCCGGGUCAUAUUCUACACUAUGACGGGUCUUAGUGGUCUUGGACUACUGACUUCAUUUUUCCUUCGAGAGAUUGAUCUCAAAAGUCAAGGUCGUGGAACUCAACGAUUCGAAGAUUAA